AUGUCGAAUGGUAAGGGCGAAUCCCUCGAAAGGGGCAUCUGGGCCGGGGUGAUGGUCGCCCUAGUGAUCCUAAUUUUGAGGGUCUUUGCGAAGAUCAAAAUCAAACGGUUCCAGGUCGACGAUGUCUUAAUGAUCCUUGCGGAGAUUCUCAUUAUAGUGUCAACGGUAUUCCUGACGCUGAGCGUGAAGCAUGGGUUUGGUGGUGAUCUGACCAAGCUGGCCCCUUACGACCAGAUGAUGGUCUUGAAGUAUAUCGCCAUUCAAGUGCCCAUCGUGACCUUCAGCACCACUAUUGCCCGCUCGGCCUUUAUGAUAUACCUCCUCGGCGUCCUCAGUACCAACAAGGCAUACGUGAUUGUGUUAUGGAUUCUUCUGUUUAUCCAGGCAGCGGGGAAUAUUGCUUCGGCGGUGCUACCGCUGACCAUCUGUAGCAAUGUCGCCGUACUAUGGGAUCCAGCGGCCUUCGUGAAUGUUCACUGUGGCAAUACGGGGGACGUCAUUAAAUUCGCCUAUUAUUCCAAUACUUUCAACUCCGCCACCGACCUGUUCCUGGCGAUCUUCCCGACUCUGGUAUUCUGGAACCUUAACCUCAAGCUGGGCAUCAAGAUCAGUUUGAUCGGUCUGUUGAGCCUGGGCAGUGUGUUCGUCUCCCCUCAAAUCACCACCUGUUCGGAGACCGAAGCUAACAAUUCCAUUAGCGCAAUGAUCGCCUCCAUCAUCAAGACCACCAAACUCGACCAGGUACCCGGCGUCACCAACCUCGGUGCCACGGGCGGCCUCGAGCUGAUCCGUUGGGGCUACGUUGAAAAUACGAUUAUUAUCAUCACCUCUUCCAUCCCCUGCAUCCGCCCCCUGGUCAUCUCCUCGGUGCGCAAGUUCUCGAGUGUCACCCGCUCCUACGAACUCAGCGGACCCUUCAGCGGCCACCGGACUGGAGGGAACGACACGAGCCACUCACGGCUGGGGCGGUCGCGGCGUCUCACCAAGUCUCACCAGGCGGACAAUGACAGCAUCGAGCGGAUUCUCGAUCAAAGCACGCAUACCAGCACCACAAUUGGAGGGCGCCCCGAUUCGCUGGAGCGGGAGCAUCCCGGCAUCACCAAGCAGGUCGAGAUUUCAGUGAUCUCGGACGACCCAGCGCGGCAUGUUUGA